CGAGUGUGCUUUUCCGUUAGCUUGCUGUUAUAUGCGCUUAUUUGUAGCUUUGGCGCUAGGUUGGCAGAAGGUUGUUUUUCUGAUAGUCGGCCAGGGUUCCCAGUAGUUGCCCCUGAGCUCCGCCAUUGCAGAGUUGGUUAUUAUAGCGGCACACCAGACGGCGUAUAGGAUCACAGAUGGAACAGCAGGACCAGUCCUAUAUGUUUGCCAGUCUGACACAGCCUCACUCAGAACAGCUGCUGCAAGGCCUCCAGCUGUUGCGGCAGGAUCAUGAACUAUGUGACAUUGUCCUGCGUGUGGGUGAUGCCAAGAUACAUGCCCACAAAGUAGUGCUGGCCAGCAUCAGUCCUUACUUCAGGGCCAUGUUCACGGGUAGUCUGUCAGAAAAGGAGACUUCAGAGGUGGAAUUCCAGUGCAUCGAUGAGACCGCUUUGCAGGCAAUCGUUGAGUAUGCGUACACUGGCACAGUGUUUAUUUCCCAGGGAACAGUGGAAUCUCUGCUGCCGGCUGCCAACUUACUUCAGGUUAAGCUAGUACUUAAGGAGUGCUGCUCCUUCUUAGAGAGCCAGCUGGAUGCUGGAAACUGUAUAGGCAUCUCCCGCUUUGCAGAAACGUAUGGCUGUCAUGACCUGUGCCUGGCUGCAACAAAGUUCAUCUGUGAGAACUUUGAGGAAGUUUGUCAAACAGAGGAGUUUUUUGAACUGACUAGGGCUGAGUUGGAUGAAAUUGUGUCCAAUGACUGUCUUAAGGUGGUCACAGAAGAGACUGUAUUUUAUGCCCUUGAAUCUUGGAUCAAAUACGAUGUAACUGAGAGGCAGCAGCAUCUGGCUCAGCUGCUGCACUGUGUUCGCCUCCCACUUCUCAGCGUCAAAUUCCUCACUCGCCUAUAUGAAGCCAACCACCUUAUACGAGAUGACCAUGCAUGCAAGCACCUGCUCAAUGAGGCCCUCAAGUAUCAUUUUAUGCCUGAACACCGGCUUUCCUAUCAGACUGUACUGUCAGCGCGGCCCAGGUGUGCUCCAAAGGUGUUGCUUGCAGUAGGAGGCAAGGCUGGACUGUUUGCCACAUUAGAAAGCAUGGAAAUGUAUUUCCCUCAGACAGAUUCAUGGAUAGGACUGGCCCCACUCAGUGUGCCCCGAUAUGAGUUUGGAGUGGCAGUGCUGGACCACAAGGUGUAUGUGGUGGGAGGCAUCGCAACACACAUGAGACAGGGCAUUAGCUAUCGUAGACACGAGAGCACGGUGGAGAGCUGGGACCCCGAAACCAACACCUGGUCCUCGGUGGAGCGUAUGGCUGAAUGCCGCAGCACCCUCGGGGUGGUGGUCCUGGCUGGAGAGCUCUACGCCCUGGGAGGCUAUGAUGGCCAGUACUACCUUCAGUCGGUGGAAAAAUAUGUCCCCAAGUUGAAGGAGUGGCAGGGGGGGGCACCCAUGACGAAGUCCCGUAGCUGCUUUGCCACUGCUGUGCUGGAUGGCAUGGUGUAUGCUAUUGGAGGCUAUGGCCCAGCCCAUAUGAACAGUGUGGAGCAGUAUGACCCCAGCAAGGAUGCCUGGGAAUUGGUAGCCCCCAUGGCAGAUAAGAGGAUCAACUUUGGAGUAGGUGUUAUGCUUGGUUUCAUAUUUGUCGUGGGUGGACACAACGGGGUGUCGCACUUGUCCAGCAUUGAGAGGUAUGAUCCACAUCAGAACCAGUGGACAGCCUGUCGGCCCAUGAACGAACCACGCACCGGUGUGGGCUCUGCUAUCGUGGACAACUACCUCUAUGUGGUGGGAGGUCACUCGGGGUCAUCCUAUCUGAACACUGUCCAGCGCUAUGACCCCAUCUCAGACAGCUGGUUGGACUCAAGUGGCAUGAUGUACUGCCGUUGUAACUUUGGUCUGACUGCCCUUUGACCCAUGGCCCAGCCAGCUAGGACCCAGUAGGAAAACUUGAACAUGACUUCUUUUCUGUUGUCUUUUUCUCCUUUCCCACAUUCAUCCUCCAGGUGCAAAGGAGCUCUGCACACCAACAUAGACAUCAGAGGAGGAGGCUAGAGGGGGAUGGAUGUGCCGGGCUAGCUGGCUGGUUAUAGGGGGACCUCAGACAUGGCUUUAGAGAUUUGUGCAGAUAAGAAAUAGAAAAUGGUUGGACGACAGCUGUCAUUGGUGUAAGAAGGUGACCACUGGAUUCUGAGCCAUUUCCCAGAGGAUUGUGUGAGAAAUCUUAUCACUUUUGUUUCAAAAUUUUAUUAUGUUAGCAGUCUUUUGUUUUCCUCCAUGCAGUUAAUUAUGUUUAACACAAAGUUUUUUAGUUCCUCUGCUGCAAUCGGAACUAUGUCUUCAGAUUUUGUGGAACACUGCAGGUUGGUUGUGUAUUUGUGUGAAUAUGUGGUUGCUGGCCAUGUAGCGUGUGUGUCUGGGUACAUGCAUGUCAGAUAGGUUUGUUUAGUUUUGUUAUGUGUGUGCAUGCAGAACCGGUCCUCAGGCUCAGCAACAGAGGAAUCUGCAUCAAAAUCAGUGCUUCACAAAAAGAGAAAAGUUAGAUUCUUUAUACUUUCUCAGAAAGGGCUGCCUUUUUCUCUCUUGUAAAUACCUUAAAUUAAAUAUAUAGCUAUAAAUAUAUCCUCUAGUGCAUUGUCUGUAAAUGUUUUUCUGCACUGGAUCACUACUGUGUGUGUGCAUGUGUAUGUAGUUUGAUCCCUACGGUCAACAUAGUGGUGAAUGAUGAAUUCUCCCGAGAGGGUUUGCCACCCCAUGUUCUUGGUUCUGUUACACCUUAAGUCGGGACACGCGCUCACUACUCUUCACAAUAGCUGAACUCAACGUUGGCCCUCAUUUCACCCUUUGGUCUGUACACAAUACCAUCUGGUGCUAUAUUUAGAAUUCAGGAUUCAGCAGUUUGUGUUGCUGCACACAAGUAGUUCAACUUUUAUCCAGCCUCUGCCCCACUAUUGUGGUAGAUGUUAAUCAUUUGAUUUAUAUUCAUUAAAAUGCAUACAUUAAAAAUGCCCCCACCAACCAUGCAAUAAAGUAAAGUGUAGUUUGAUAACCACAAACUUCUGUCCUCAUAAUUUCAUAAGUCUAAAAAUAGUCAGUUCCCUCCUAUUUCAGGUAUAUCUUUAACAUCUCCCUUCUUUCACAUUGGCCACAGGAUAUGAGCCUGCUCUGCCAUUGUCUCGAUGCCUAUUACCAGUACAGUGUCAGUCUCUUAGCUAUGAGCAAGACUUUUCCUGACUGACACCUGCGCUUUGAGCUCUGCCACCUAACGUGAUCCUCAUGUGGCUCAGAUUUGAGGUCAUUUGUACCCAGCUUCAUGUAUAGUGCCAAAACGUGGCAGUUUUUUUGCAUCUUUAUCAUGUGUAGUACUAGAAUCCACUUUCCUUGUGUGUCACUGUCGAAAAGCACUGUUCAUAUCCUUAGUGGUACUCUUUUAGCAUUACGUCUUUCCAUACUCUCACAUGAAAAUGGAUGAUAAAGCACUAAGGGCUGUGCUAGCCAACUCAGACCAAGGUGCCAGUGUCACCGGUCCUGUGUCCUGGGAGAGAAACUGACAAUGCUCCGCUCACUUCAGACUGGGUGAGAGCAUCACUUGCUGCAACCUUGGGCUCGAUUGAUGGACAGGUCAAGCAAUGCACAGCAACAGAGGGUGCAGUAGACUAGAAAAGGCUGGUGCGAUGUCUCUCGUGUAAUCACUGUUCAUGUUAAAGUCUAGUUUGAAUUGCUUUGUGCACUUAUGUUUGCACACUUUAACCAAGCUCUGCAUUGCACUUACCAAACAAAUAUUGUAAUUUGUACAUAUGUUUUAAUUUAAGCUAAUGGCAUUUAGAUAAUGCAAUAAGACUUUUGUUCCCUCUGUGAAUGAGUGUUUUGUGUGUAAAAGGCCAAGGCAUCUCACAUUGCUGUGAAAGAACCCAUAGGGUGUGGCUGUUGAUUCACAUCUUUGGUUGAUAUUGUGGCUGUUGAUUCACAUCUUUGGUUGAUAUUGUGGCUGUCUAAUGAAUGGUACCACCUCCACCCAGACAUCUUGUGUGUGUGUGUGUGUGUGUGUGUGCGUGCGCGCGUGCGUGUGCGUGCGUGCUGGUUCAUUUUUAUAAGGCUUGUGUUUAUUUAGGCAGAUUCAAACGGAUUCCUUACAAUCUAUCGAGUAGUGUCCAUAUUGGAGGUAUAUACCUUGUCAUUUUUGGCCACAUAUACAGAUGUUGUAAACACUAGAGAAGAUUUAUGCUCUUCCGCUUUUCCCUUGUGCUCAAACCUUCAAUGCAUUAGAUGAGAAUUUAAUGACAUUUGCCUUGGUUAUGGAUCAGGUUAUUUCACUGGUGAGACUUUUUGUUUAUAGAUUGUUUGCAUUACCAUAGAGAAUACCCUUUUCUUUUUUUUGAAUGACUAAUGCAUAAGCUGCCUGUUUUGUAAUUCUGCAAAUAUGUAUUAUUUUAGAAAGAUGUGAAUGACUUUGUAUUUAUAAUUUCUUAUGUUCUGUAACCUGACAUUUUUUGUCUAUUAUAAUAGAUCUUAGCCACUUUCGCACAAACCACGCAGGCAUAAUUAGAUGCUGUUGCCAUUGUAACAGAGUCUGUUAUGUACAAUGUCAUGAUUUCUAAGGUGUAUACUACUUUACUGGAUUUGAGAGAGAGGCUCGUGAAAAUCUGCAAAAA